GAGAAUAGGAAGUGUCGAUCUGUAGUAGGGCUUAACAUGGGUAGUUAGCUAUAAAUCGAACGGUGAAGGUUUUGUAUCUGGUCCUUAAACUUCGGUGUCUUGCAGUAAUGCUAGGUACUUGUUAAUGUGUAGAACGUGUAGAUGGGUCGGAUGUGUCUUUUGUAAAACCUGAGCCGUGUUUUGUGAGGCUGUGGGUCAACAUCAUAUUAGCUAAACGUCAUCUGAGACAAUUAUCACUUUGCUAGCUUAGCACUGGAAUUGGUUAGCUUCUUUGACAGAACAGUCGCUAAAAUUAACCAGUGUCGUAACCAGGACGAGCCGGGUUAUGUUUUGUCGGACGUGCAUACUACUUGUCGCAGUGGGACCCCCCGCAAACUGAAUGUUUGGCGAUAGAAAGUGGUGCAGCUACAGCUAGCAGCUUGUUAGCUUGUGACCAAUAGCAACAAUGGGCACGAAGCGGUGUUUAAAGAGCGCAAGAACAUUUUAUUUUCUGACCCUCAUCCUGAUAGUCUUCAUCAAAGGAAUAGCAGCUGAUGAAGAACAGCUCGAGAAUGACGGAUCAGAGCUAAAGUCUUAUCAUGACCCAGACUUGGAAGAAGAAGACACACAUGUUGUGUCUGACAUUGUGUCAGAUACCGACUCUGGUCAUGAUGUCUCCUAUCCAGAAGAGGUGAAACAGUUACCUGGUGAUGAGCUGGAGGGAGAGGAGAAGGAGGACCUUCCCGAUCAGCCUCCAGUGGCUGAGGAGAAGCCUAAAGAGGUUCCAGUGGUGAAUGGAGGUACAGCCGACGGAGAGCCCUGCAUCUUUCCAUUCCUGUUUCAAGGAAAGGAGUACUCUGAUUGUACCACUGAUGGAAGGGGUGAUGGAAGGUUGUGGUGUGCCACAGAGUAUGACUAUGAUCAAGAGAAAAAGUGGGGGUUCUGUGAAACGGAGGAGCAGGCAGAGCAGAGACUGCAAGCAGAGGAGGCUGAGGAGAAGUAUCAGAAUCUCCUGCACAUGCUCAAUGCAACCACCAGAAGAAGUCAGAAGAAAGAAUUAUACGAGAAGCUGCUGAAGGUGGCAGAGAAGGGCCACCAGAAAGCCAUGGAGAAGGUGGCAUACGCCAUGCUCUUUGGAGACUACAUGACCCAGAACGUCACCAAGGCCAAAGAAAUGUUUGAGAAGCUUGCUAUCGACGGCUCUCCCAAAGCUCAGAUGGCUCUUGGCUUUCUGUAUGCCUCAGGACUUGGCGUGAACUCAAGUCAAGCUAAGGCCUUGGUCUACUACACCUUUGGCGCACUUGGUGGAAACUUGGUAGCUCAUAUGAUUCUGGGAUAUCGAUACUGGGGAGGCGUGGGCGUUCCCCAGAGCUGUGAGUCAGCACUAACACACUAUAGGCUUGUGGCAAAUCAAGUGGCCAGUGACGUGUCUCUCACAGGGGGCUCUGCGGUGCAGAGGAUCAGGCUCCUGGAUGAGGUGGAGAAUCCUGGCUCCACUAGUGGGAUGUUGGAAGAGGACCUCAUCCAGUACUACCAGUUCUUAGCUGAAAAGGGAGAUGUACAAGCUCAGGUGGGACUGGGUCAACUACAUCUGCAUGGAGGGCGAGGAGUAGAACAAAAUCAUCAGAGGGCGUACGACUACUUCACCCAGGCUGCAAACGCAGGGAACACGCAUGCUAUGGCAUUCCUCGGCAAGAUGUACUCAGAAGGUAGCGAGUUUCUCCCCCAGAACAAUGAGACGGCCCUGCAUUACUUCAAGAAGGCAUCAGAGUUGGGUAAUCCAGUGGGACAGAGUGGCCUUGGCAUGGCGUACCUCUAUGGAAGAGGUGUCCCUGUGAACUAUGAGCUGGCACUAAAAUACUUCCAGAAGGCAGCUGAGCAGGGCUGGGUGGACGGACAACUCCAGCUGGGCACCAUGUACUACAAUGGCAUUGGUGUGAAGCGCGAUUACAAACAGGCGCUUAAGUUCUUUAACCUGGCCUCACAGGCAGGCCACAUCCUGGCUUUCUACAACUUGGCCCAGAUGCAUGCAACUGGGACUGGUGUGAUGCGCUCCUGCCACACUGCUGUGGAGCUUUUUAAGAAUGUUUGUGAGCGCGGGCGCUGGUCAGAGCGUCUUAUGACGGCCUAUGGCAGCUUUAAGGAGGGAGACUCUGAUGCUGCACUGGUGCAGUACCUCCUACUGGCUGAGCAGGGCUAUGAGGUGGCCCAGAGCAACGUGGCAUUCAUUCUGGACCAGACAGAAGGAGCAAAGAUCUUCACUGAAAAUGAGACGUAUCCUCGUGCUUUGCUCUACUGGACGCGAGCUGCAGCACAAGGUUACACUGUGGCACGGAUAAAACUCGGGGACUACCACUUCUAUGGCUAUGGCACGGAUGUGGACUAUGAGACGGCCGUCAUCCACUACAGACUGGCGUCAGAGCAGCAGCACAGCGCCCAGGCCAUGUUCAACCUUGGUUACAUGCAUGAGAAAGGACUUGGCAUAAAACAGGACAUCCAUCUGGCUAAACGAUUUUACGACAUGGCUGCUGAAGCCAGUCCUGAUGCCCAGGUCCCAGUUUUCCUGGCUCUGUGCAAGUUGGGUCUGGUUUACACCUUGCAGUACAUGCAGGAUCUUAAUAUGAAGGAGGCCAUUUCUCAGGUGGAUCUGGACCAGCUACUAGGACCGGAGUGGGACCUCUACCUCAUGACUGUCAUAGCCUUGCUGCUGGGCACAGUCAUUGCCUACAGACAGCGCCAGCACCAAAUCGUGGUGCGCCCCCGACCUCCUGCCGCCGCUCCAGCAACCCCCCCCAGAGCACCUCAGGACCAGCCACAGCCUCACGCCGAGCCACAGGAUCAGGGAGAAACGCAAGACCAGGGUGCAGCCCAGGAGGAAGACGAGCAGCAGUGAAAGGAAGUCAGAUGGAGUGAGGGCAGUGAGAGACAGACUCUGCCAGACUACUGCAAGGAGCAGCUGGUGCCUUCUAUCUGAAUACCUGCUUGUGUGAGCACGACUCCCACUCUCUCUGCUCCCCUCCAAAAUCUGAAAACACGACUACGACGUUCAAUCUCUCAACUCUCUUAUGUUUAAAAUAUGCUGGUCCUUUGCUGAGAGCGAGACUGUCGAGGUGUUUAUUGACAGCAGCGUUAAGAGCAAAACGGAGACUGGGGACUUGUUAGCGUGUGACUCAGGAUACUCCCAGAAGCACCCGCAUCUGCUCCAUGGAAAUAUCCCUGCAGUUGCCAGAUCAAAUGUUUUCCUCGGACUCGAAUAAUCAGACUGCAAAGUUGGAAUCUAAUAUGCACAUUUAGAGUUUUUACUUUGAGAAAGUUGCACUCAAUUAAACUGCUUCAAUCCUAAUUUUGUGCAGAAUUUAGAAAAUAAGAUACAAGCAGCAAAAUGUGAACUCAUUUUAUUUGAAGCCCAGUCCUGCUGAUUAAAGAUUCACAUUUUUGCAGGUUUUCUCUGAGCAUUUUGACAAAUUAAAUUUUUAUUAGAUCCUUAACAAAUCCCACAUACAUGUUUUGAUGAUAACUUAGUUAUUUGGGUGUUUGCUUUGGAGUUUAGCAAGGGAGGUUUUUGUUAAUUCAGCGUUAGCAACAGUGCUAUAACCGUAACUGUACUUAAGCCAUGGAAGUUGAACAGAUCAUUUGAUUGAUGGAAAAUCUUGACUGGAUGUAGGUUGUUUAUGAUUUUAUCAGUGCAGCAGGACUCUAGAAAGAAGAAGCUGCUGCUGAAGUGGAGCUGACGUCCAUAAUGUAAGCAGAGACACACAGUCCAGUAAAAGGAAGCAGAGAACAGUGUUUGAAGGUCGCUGUACGUUCCCUUCAUUCACUGGCCACUUGGUCUGGUCCACACCUGCAGCCUGAUGCAAUGCACCAAAUCUGCUUUAACAUAAUUUCUCACAAAAGCUGAGGAAUUCUAAUCUUAUCAAAGUAGGAUUUAUGGUAUUUGUGUUCAUUUUACAGGUGUAGCUAACAAAGUGACCCGUGUCAUUUCUGCUAAUCUAGAAUUCUUCUUGGGUUGAUUCUAGUUGUUGAGUCUUACGGUUCAUUACUUUAGGAACAGUUUUGUUUUGGGAUGUCUGCUUAGGCAGAAACUGGGGCAGCUUUAAACACGACAUGGCAUCAAACUCUAAAUUAAUCUGAAUUGAUUUUUUUUUUUUUUCUUUCAUGUUUGGUUACACAUUAGCUGUUCUCUGUAUAUUUCCAGACCCACAACAAAACUCCCAAUAGGAGCAAAAUGUUAAAAUUGGCCAUUGAUCAUAGAAAUGUCUAGUUUAUUUAUUUGAUUUGUUAAAUUACAGUGUCUGCUUGUUAGAAUUUGCUUUCGGGAACGAGGGGCCGAUGAUUUCACAGGAAGAACAGGAACGUCGCUGCGUCCACACACGUCACAGUUUGUGUGUGAUGAAACCAGGUCAAGGUUAUUCACUGCAUUUUUAUCAUCACCGUUUGUAAAGAAACAAAUAAAUGACCUCUGAGCCUUUAAUGCUUGACAGGUUAACUUGA